CACCGCCUUCUUGAGUCAACACCUCCAUCCGUCGCCACCGCCUUCUAGAUCUCGUCACCGGGCUUGGAUAACCUGACAAUGAACCUGAUCCAGUCAAUACUCUUGACCUCAGUGAUCACUUUCUGUUCCGCACAAGUUUUCCCCUUCUCGAACCUGCGAGCAUUCUUUGACCCCAAGAAGCAAGGGAGAGACGGUGGUGUUUCCGGUUCCGGUACAAACGUAAGCCGUCCCCAUCGACAAGCAGAUGGCCAUGACCAUCUACCGUCACUGGCGGAGUUCGACUCUCCGGACAUCUUCACGAUAAACAGGGAGAUAGAGGAGAGCAGAGUAGCUGUGAAGAGACAUCCGACAGAUAGUCCUUCCGGGAGGAAAGGAAAUGGAAGGCACAGAAUAAACACUCACCUGGACAUGAGAAAUCCUGAUAGUGACGGAUCUAUAUUCAUUACACCGAAGCCAAACCACAAAACAGAAUAUGCAACAACGGGAGAAGAAUAUCCACAGAAAUCAAACCGAGGCAGAAUUAGGAAGCCACAAAUCCAAGCAGAACCUGACGUCGAACAAUCCCAAUAUGAAGUACAGUCGGAGAAAACGUCGGAUGAUUUCCAAUUUGGAAACUCAAACCCUUCGAACCCCUUCACGUCAGAAGGCAGGUAUAUAGAGAGUGUCCCGCAAUUGGCAGUACCAAUUGAGGACAAUUUGGAAAAACUGAAAGAAAACGAUGGUCUAGUUGAUUAUCUGGUGCCUCCGAAACUACCGUCGGUUUACGAGAAAGCUCUGAAGCUUUCGAAAACUAGGAAACCCCAUAGGCCGUCCAAAUUGAAAUCUCCGGUUCCCACUGACUUCUCCAAGAAGGAAGGCCGCUACAGGCCUAAGAAGCACAGAGACUCGGGUGCGCCGCCGCCUGAUAGGACGACGAAGAGGCACGUGAUGAGACGACGACCUCACCAGAGGAAACCGUCCAGGAAACCUCCUGCGGAAUUGGCAGCUGCGGCAGCGCAAAUGGACGAACAGAUCACCUCAGAGACGGGAUUCACCGGGUUGGGAGCUCAUGGAGCCCAUGGUGCUGGUAGUCAUGGCAACGAGAGGGUGGAGUUUCAGAUGCAUGGUCAGAAGGGACCAAACUCGUACAAGUUCGGGUACGACACAGGGAAAGGACACAACCGACAGUUCCGGUUUGAAGAGAAGGACAACCAUGGGCGAGUAAAGGGACACUACGGCUACUACGACAAGGAGGGCAAACUACAGAUCGUCAACUACGAGGCAGACCCCCACUCUGGGUUUAAGGCUGAGUCUGUGUAGACGGUUUGCUAUUGCUGAAGGAGUAAUAUUUGGGAAUUGCUCAUCCUUCUUGAACACUAUGGUUGGACACAUAUAUUAUUUCAAGCCAUCAUGCGCUUCAAUACUGGUUUGAAUUUACAUUCAGUAAAGUUUGACCAUAUUAAUAAAAUAUAAUUAUAAAAAAAUAAAUUGUAUAAAAGAAACUUUCUUUAAGUCAAAAUUCAUAGCAAACAAAGAAAUUAUAAUGCAAUAACUAAUUGCCCAUAAAGCAUCUUAUAGACUUGCCAAAAUGAAAAUCAUGUUUUACAAUAUUAUUUAAAUACAAAUCAUCUUCAAAAUAAAGAAUAACUACAAUAGUGUAAUGUUUUCAAACUAAAACUGAUUAAAUAGUGUGCUUUUCAUUAUAUUGGCAGAACCAUGAAGACAACAAUUUUGUGUUUGUAAAACAAAUUUGUCUUCUUUUAGGCACAGAAUUUUUACAUGUGAAACUAACCACCAUAAGUAUUUAAAACAUGUAAAUAGAGUUAAUGUUGAUAUAUUUGGUCUUUGACUGAGCUGUCUAGUGUAAGAACGUUAAAUAUUUGUCCUCAGAUUAAUUUGUGGUCAACAAAAUGUGAUAAUGACCAAAGGAGGGCCAAGUGCAAUAUUAGUGUAAAACAUCAUCUUGUCUCUCAGUAUGAUUUUCAAAACAAUGUUUAUACUUUAGAGUAUAGAAACUGUUGUAACAAAGCAAAGUAAAGGGAUGAAAAAUUUCAAUAAAAUUAAUUGCUUUAGAACUAUGAUUAUUAUAACAAUAAUCAGUGAUGUUUCGUACACAAUGUUGACAAUGUUGUUAUAUGUUUAAGUGUAAUACAAAUUGUGUUUAUUUGUUGUGUAAU